AUGCCGGGUCUGCACCGCACGUCAGUAGAUCCCGCCUCGUUGCCGCCACCGGAGUACUGGAAUAACUUCGAACCUCUGUAUGCCAACUCCGAUCACUCACAUCAACAUGCGCAUCCUCCUCAACAGCAAUUACACCGUCACCAACAGCCUCCCGUGCAACCUCAAUCGCAGCAACAGCCACAGCCACAGCAGCCGCAGCAGUCGCAGCAACAAUCACAACAGCCGCUGGGAAUUAGCUGGGAUCAUCCCGUCUUCAGUCAGAAUCCUCCAUCGCGAAGCCCGUUGCCAACACCACAAGAAUCAAGUCAUGGCUUGUAUUCCUCUUCCACCCCGCAAUCAUGGCGGGCAGCAGCUCUGCACCCGCAGCCCAUCUUGCCUGCAACGGCCCAUCCGAUUGGAAUGACACCUCAAUACCGCCAACCUCCGCAAUAUUCUCCAGCACACCAUGCAUAUGAAGCGCAGCAGCUGCCCGCUUCAGACAGCGCCCACUUUCCCGCCUACGCCUUUUCUCGAUCCUACUAUCCUCCCCAGAACCUCUCUGUGCCGGACGUCUUUCCUCAAUCCCACUCGCAUUCACCUUCCACGGCUCAGCCACAGGCGCAACCAACACACUUUCGAUCCGAUCCACAUCAACACCAUGUUCCGCAGUAUUCACUGCCCGCGGGCUACGGGGAAGGGAACUCGGUAUGGCAACCGACCCGAUUACCGCCACACACCGUACUAACUGAUUCCAAGCAUGUGCCGAUGAAUUACAGCAACGACUUCACGCAGUCGACUCCCAAUGUCUCCACUCAAACCAUCAACCCUCAAUUUCUCAGCUCCGCACAGCAGGCGGCCAAUCAACAACAGCCUUCCCUUCACGCGAAUGAACUUCUCUACCUGAACCCAUCGGACUAUGAUCGCUCCGAUGAACCAAAGCUUUAUACCUUCUAUCGGGAAGAGUUGCCAAUGCCAUCUGCUAUGGGGCAGUCCAUAACACAUAACCAGCCCAUUGCCCCUAAACCGCAAUCGGCAUACGAGUUUGUGCUACCCAUCAAUGGUCCCAACCUGUCUCAGUCUCUCACAGCUGCGAAGGGCGCUAAAGUAGCCAAGAAAUCAGCCGCGAAGAAACAGUCGACCGUUCAGUCUAAGAAGGCGGCGACUAAAACAAGUAGUAAGAAGGUAGAUGGGACUGCUAACUCGGAAUCGGAGACGGACAGUUCGGACUCAGAGCUUGAGAUUGAGGAUCCGACUCCUGAAGAGCCGUCUCCCCUCCCCGCCAUUCGGCCCAGUGAACCUGAGGCUGCUGCCAAGUAUGAUGCUUUAAAGGCUGUGUGGUCCCCACGUAAUCGACGGCCUAAUGUUGACAAGGUCAAAAGUGCGCUGGUCGCAUUUAAAGACGUUGUGAAAACCGUAAGGGAUGCUUGGAAAGACAGCUCCCAGGCCAUGAAGGCGGCCGAGAAUACAGGCAAUAAUGAGAAAGCGGCCCAGCUGAAGAAGGAGGUGGUCCUGCAGCGCCGUCUCAUGGAGGUGGUCGUUUGUGCGACUUUGGAAACGGGCCAUCCAAUGAUUGUCGAGAAAUUGGGCGAACAUCCCAUAGCGGUGGCGGCCAUGUAUUCAUUCUUGCUGGACCGACACCAGGCUGCGGAUAUCAAUGGGACAUUGACAGUCAAUAUUCUGAAAUUGCUCUCGCACUUCGUUACCAUGGACGAAGAUGUGCUUCAAAAAACCAACGUGGCCAAGUUGUUGCCUCGGUUCGUCAAGAAAGGCGGCCCAGCUGUCAAAGAAUUGGCGCAGAAGAUCAUGGACAAUGCUGCGGCAUCCACCAAAAGGAAGCAGGAGACUGCGAAGCCAGCGGCUAAGGACGGCUCGCCUAGUAGGCAGACAAACACGGCCUCUGCGGCGACGGCUCCUGAUGGCGCCCGGGCAGAGUUAGCUGGGUCUAAAAGACCUCGUGAGGUCGAAAGCAAUGGGCAGCCGGCAACGAAGCGAGUAGUCGUAACGUCUAAUGUCAAGAAACCGGUGGGCGCUGCCGCACCGGUUCGGCGACCGCAAGAGGCAGUCCAGGAGACAAAGGCAGCGACAGCGCAGCCGGCUCGUCCGAAGACAAAUAUCGUAGCACCCAAGCCGACCAAUCUGUUUGGAAGUCUGUCUUCAGCCUCAAAGCGACCCGGAACAUCCAAUGCUGAAAGAGCGGCGGCAGCCGCGGCAAAGACCAGUAAUCCUCCAGAGCGGAAAGAACCUCAGCCUGCACCUCCGCGACCGACCUUUUCAUUUGGGGACCUUAUGGCUGAUCUGAACAAGCCCAAGGAGUCGGCUCCUGCGCAGCCAUUGGAACCCAAGACGCCCGAGACGGAAGAAGAGCGGAAGAAGCGACUCCGUAAGGAGGCUCGACGCAGAUUGCGGGUCACCUGGAAACCCGACGACUCUCUUACCGAAGUUAGGCUGUUUACUCAUGAUCCCGACGAGGAGCUUGGCCCCAGCGAUCGCAUGCAGCGUGAGGCGGGUGACGUGAAAGGCGAAGGAAGCGUCUUGAAGCUCCACCGUGAUCUUGAUGACGAUGAGGACGAGGAGGGUGGUAUUCGCGAGGAACAGUUGCUGGAGUAUAUGCUGCCGUCUGAAAUCGAUUUCGUGGAGAUGCCUUUCGAAGAACGUAGCCGAAACUACGUCAAGCGUGGUGGCACUGAUAUUCCCGAGAGUGCAGAGAAGAAAGCUCAGGAGCAUCGCGAGGCAACCACCCUCAUGGUGUUCUAUACAUCGCCUGCCGAUGUGCCGUCCACGCCCAAAGAGCCUCCCCAAUCUGACACUGAAGAGCCGGCACCGGGUGUGGUCUCUUUUGGCGAGCUUCCUGACCAUGUCAAGGCCCGGCAGAGUCGCUACUUCGCUGCAAUGAAACCUCAAGCACCACCUGCACCUACGCCCGCACCCGCGACAAAUGGCCAAGCGCCGUUUGAUAUCUCGAAUUUGCUGAAGAUUAUUCAAAGUGCGCCCCAACAACCAAAGUCGACGCCUCCCCCUCAGGUUCAGCCCUCAACUGCGCCAAUGUCAGACCUUGAACGGACAUUCAGCAUGUUCCGACAGGCGCAGCCCCAACCGACGUCGCAGCCUCCCAUACUGCAAAUGCCGCAGUUUCCUGCAGCUCCUCAGCCCGCAGCAGGCCAGGGCAUUGACCUUCAAAAUAUCCUAGCCAUCAUGAACGCUCAGAAGCAGAUGCAACCUGCGGUCACUGCCCCGCAGGUUCCGCCGGCUCAACCAGCCAUUGCGCCUAAUCUCGCUGCCAUUUUCUCGCAAAUCAGCGGCCAGAACCAGCCCAACGCGGGCAACGCGCCUCAGCAGCCGGGGCAUUUUGAGGAUCCAGAACGCAAACGCCUUCGCGAGUCUGGCGGAUAUGAUGGGGCCGACGAUGACCGGUACGGUUACUCGAAGCGUAACAAGUACAACAACGAUCUUGGCAAAAAACACCCCAAGGCAGGAUCUGUACCUUGCCGAUACUGGCAGAGCGGGAAAUGUCGCAAAGGUGACGAAUGCACAUAUCGCCAUGAUCCGCUGAUCUGA